AUGAUGCGAGCAAGUGACGACGAUGAAAUUUCUCUUCCUCGUAAUACCGAGUCCAGGAAUUCAUUGAAACAACCUGGCCAUCCAUACUCGGUUUUUGGAUCGGAAGAAUUGGAUGAUGACGAUGAUAAUUUUGAGGAUCAAGAAUUGGUGGUAUAUCUUGAUGACAAUCGCAGAUAUUUUAACAAGCCUAAAAAUCAUUAUGCUGUUUCUUCACCUGUGAAGACGGGAAAUUCAGAAUUUGUUGGUGAAUAUGGUGGAAAUAGCAAUAUCGGAAGCACUGAUGAGAUAUUUUCUAACGCUCAGAAUAGUAAUGGUAGUCCUACUUCAUCAAACACCUCUAACAUUUCGUAUUCCAGUAGAAAGCGAAGAGUUUCUGUUUGGAUACCUACAUUAACAAAAAGUGAUUUAAUUUCAUCUCUCUAUGCACAGAUUAAUCAGACUGUUGAAUUUGAUUUUAAAAAAAGCUCUUCCUCCACAAGUACUGACCUUCCAUUCAUCAAUGGUGGUGAUAAGAAAUACAUUGGAUACUCAAUUGAUUUAGUGAUUGGUUUUAACAAUGAUUCAAUGAAAUGCCAACACAAAGUCGUUCGAAGAUAUAACGAAUUCAAGAAAUUUCAUACAUUGCUCAAGAAAACAUAUCCAAACAAGGAAGCCUUCUCGAAUAUCAAAUUUCCUUCAAAGAGUCCAAUCACAUCAUAUAAUGAUCAAAACUUACUGGAUUAUAGAAAGAAAGCCUUCAAUGAAUACCUUUGUACCAUAUUACAACUGCAAUCAGAAGCAAGAAAGAAGAAUUUAGAUGACAAGAAGAAAGAUCUAGACUCGUUUGAUUUUCUCAUCUACUACUUUUUUGAUAUUCAUAAUUCUCCAUUAGCCUUUCUUUUUGAUCAUCCCUAUGCUGAUAUAUUUAAACAAAUUAAUCAAUUUCGUCGUGCAACAAAAGAGGAAAAGAGAAAAAUUAAACGUAUUAUUGAAAUUGAAAGUAAUUAUGAUGAAGAGAAGGAAAAUGAAAAUGGUCAAUUUUUGUUACGGGAGCAAGAAUGGUAUGAAGACAAGUUCAGACGAAUCGAAGAGGUGAAAAAAGUUCUUCUCGAGAUGCGAUUGAGCGGAGAUGAUUUUUUUGUUGAGUUGAAAGGAAAGCCUCACGUGAUAUCUGUAGAUAAGGCAUCAAGUUCUCUUCUCAUUUAUCUUCUUAUUGAAAAUAAUUCUAAGGACAAAGGAAUUGAUUACACCUUUGUACAACAAAUAUACAUUGAUGACAUUAUGCAAAUUAGAGAGACUAAUAAUACCUAUCGAGGUGAUGGUUUUGAAGUCAUAGAAAUUACUCUGUAUAAUAGUGAAUCACACAUUCAAUUCUAUUGCUUUGAUAGAAAAGAAUUGAUCUAUACUAUUGGUGCCCAAAUGAACCAGUACAAAGCUGCAAAAGUUCGAGUGAUUCAUUAUUUGGCGGGAACUGUCUCCAAGUUAAGAAAGGAAAGAUAUGAUGAAAAUAAUGAAUUGCAUGAAAAAGAUUUAUUGGAGUUAUAUUCUCUACUGAGGCCAGAUGAUCCACUUAUUGCCAGAAAGUCACGACAAUGGGUAAGCAUUGGAUUUCAAGGUGAUAAUCCAAGCACUGAUUUUAGAGGAGGAGGUGUCAUGUCUCUCAAGAUGUUAUUAUAUUUUGCAAGAAAUGAUCUAAAAUUGAUGAAAUCAUUGAUUGAUGAACAACAUGCAUACCCAUUCUGUGUGUCUGGAAUUAAUUUAUUCUUUGCAUUGUGCACAUUGUUGAAUGCUGAGAAUCUUGCCACUUGUCCAAUUGAAAACAUUGAAAACAAAUUUCCUCUAUUUCGAUUUAUGUGUUUACAAGUCAAGAAUGAUUCUCUAGAGCCUGAGAUUGUAUUCGGCCAAUUGUUCAUACUGAUUUGCAAGCUGUUGCACAAACUAUUUGUAGAGAGCUCUUCUGGAUAUAUGGACUAUCCACAAGUUGUUGAUAAAACCAAGAAAGUCCUCGAAGAUGCCAUCCAAAAACGUCCUAAUGAUUUCUCUGCACUACAUGAAGCUCUCUUUGACAAGGUAUGA